GCGUACGUCUACAAGUCGUGCGAGUGCCGCCGCCGUGUGUAGCCGACGACGACGACGCACAACACCAUUAAAGUAACAACUACGCGACACAGCAUAACCGCAGUGCAUAAUAAUAUCAUAUACCUAGUAAUACUGUGCGUGAUACAAUAUAUUAUUGUUAUUGUUAUAUACUCAAACACGCUGGCGGAUUCGGUUCGGUUUGUCGCGCUAGGCCCGCGGUCGUCGCCAUAUUAUUAUUAUCCGACUUUACGACAGCGAUCACCGUCUUCGAUCUGGCGACGCGUCGUCUGCACAUCGUCAUAAUUUGUAACGUUAACGUCGGUGUUGGAAUUCAAUAAUCGUCGUAAUUCUUCUCGGGGGGCGUAAGUGCCCGCACUCGGUGUUUCGCGCACCGGAACCGGUUUCCGAGAGUGAGAAAAAAAAACACAGCCCCCGAAACGCGGAUUUCUCCCCGCCGUGUAUUACCCUACCGGAAAAAGUGUUUGGUGGGAGAAGGACAAGAAGGAGCGGCACUGUGCCGUCGGCCGGAGAAAGAGGACGACGACGACAACACUGUGAUCACUACCACCAAGAACAACAACAACAAUAACAACGACGAAAACAACAGCAGUAGAACCCUGGUAAUCACAAUGAUGUCGGCCGCGAGUGCGGUCGGCGGCGGCCGUCUGCUGGUCGUCGUGGACGUGGACGGCGUCGACAGCGACAGCUGACAGCCUGGACGACUGCGACCGGUGCGGGAAUGCGGCGGUGCUUACGGAUGGGGUGUCCCGCCGGCCCGGUACGCCAUGCUUGACGUGUUCCGGGGCCUGAAGAGCCUGGUGAAAAUCAGCCACGUGCACAUCGACUCGCCCGUGUUUCGGCUCCACUACAGCCUGACAGUGAUGCUGUUGUCCGCGUUCAGCCUGAUCGUCACCACCAGGCAGUACGUCGGCAACCCGAUCGACUGCGUGCACACCAAGGACAUACCCGAAGACGUGCUCAAUACGUACUGUUGGAUACACUCGACGUACACCAUCAAGGAGGCGUUCAAGAAGAAGGUGGGUGUGAGCGUCCCGUACCCAGGCGUGGACAACACCCGCGGCAAGGCGGACGACCGCAAGACGUACGGCUACUACCAGUGGGUGUGCUUCUGCCUCUUUUUCCAGGCGAUAUUGUUCUAUACGCCCAGAUGGCUGUGGAAACACUGGGAAGGCGGCAAAAUCCGGGCGCUAAUGAUGGACCUGGAUGUUGCCAUUUGUACAGAUGCCGAGAAGAAGCAAAAGAAAAAAAUUUUGCUCGACUAUCUGUGGGAGAACCUGCGGUACCACAACUGGUGGACCUACAGGUACUACUUAUGUGAAAUGAUGGCGCUCUUAAACGUCGUGGGCCAAAUGUUUAUGAUGAACCGCUUCUUUGACGGUGCGUUUCUGACGUUUGGCGUGGACGUGAUCCGGUUUCUGGAGAGCGACCAAGAAGACCGAGUAGAUCCGAUGAUAUUCAUAUUUCCUAGGAUGACCAAAUGCAUUUUUCAUAAAUUCGGCGUAUCCGGCGAAGUGGAAACGCAUGACUCAAUAUGUAUAUUGCCGCUUAACGCCGUCAAUGAAAAGAUCUACGUCUUCCUGUGGUUUUGGUUCAUGAUCCUAGGCGUCUUGUCGGCGGCCGUAAUUGUUUACAGGUUCAUCAUAAUAGUGUCACCGCGAAUGCGUGUGUACCUUUUCUGCAUAAGAUUUCGGUUGAUCAAACGGCAGGCCAUCGGAAACAUUGUGCGCCGAUCGAAGUUGGGCGAUUGGAUGCUGCUGUAUGUUCUCGGCGACAACGUUGAUUCUGUCGUGUUCAGAGACAUUGUGCACGAUUUGUCGCACCGACUGGAAGCGUACCACAACAAAAACUCAACGGUCAGAACGGUGGACGCAUGACGGCGGUGGUGACAGCCAGUCAACAGUAUAUUAUGCUCAAAUCAAUGACGAAUAAACGUAAUAUUUGUUACAGGGUAAAUGACGAUUUACUUGCACGCGACUAUAUUAUACGACGACUGUUAAUGGAUCGAUCUCGUCUGCAACGGAUGCGGAGGAGAAGAUUAUAUAUUUUAAUGUAUAAAACGAAGCAGCUGUCAUAUCAACUGUCUCAAUAAACAAAGGUCGUCAGAAAUCAGAACUAAGAAACGCGCUUCAUAUAGAUUCGUGAAUUGUCGCCCAAACGAAUUGUUAAAAAAAUAUAUAAACCUAUAAAUUUGUAAUUUUUUGGUUUUAGAGUUUCUGUUGUCGAAAAAAAAAAAUGAAAAAUGGCAAUGUAUUGACAAAAAGACGUUUUGAAUUUUUUUUUUUUUUUUGAUUUAUUUCCUAAAAUGGCUCAUAGUUUAUAAUAUGAUGUAAUUGUAAUUAUUAAUUUAAUUUAUGCCGAUGUGGUAAUUGGACAUAUCCCAAUCAAGUAUGAGUAAAUAUUUUAACUACUAAGAUUUUAUUAUAUUGUAUAAAAUACUAUUCUAAAAGAAGA